AUACUAGCUUUUGAGUUCUCGGAACUCGAAAGUAUCGAUACUUCGGUAUCGGUAUCGCCCACUUCAGACACAGAUGAACUAUAUAUAGCUCAUCUGUGCUUCAGAUCAGUGGUAUCGCCAAGGAAAUGAAAAUGUUAUUUACUAGCAGUAAUCACAGAUUAGUGAUGUGCGUUCGGAGUGUGUUGAUUUCGGUUAACAAUCAUUAACAAAAAUGUUAAUAUUAUAACGUCACAGGCUCACAGCGUAUGUGAUGGCUCAUAGUCAUAUGCUUCAAUAUAGAGCGAGCACUAUAGCGAUUCUAAAUAACACCAGAGAGGGCAUUGGUAUCGAAAACAUCAGUCGAAAACAUAGAGUUCACUGGUCGAAAAAGGGAGCGCGAUAAUGGGGGGCAAAAUGGCAAAUUCAAGUCCGAGUGCUAAGCCGAGCGCCAAGUGUUAUUUAUAAUCUCUAUGGAGAGCACAUGGUCUCCAGUUACUAUGAUGACACAUCAGAACGAGGCAAAUCUGACAUCGCAAAUCUCGAUAUGACAUGCACGGCUAGAUAGCGUUCUCCUUCGUCGAACUCGAACGCAAUUACAGUUCACUGGGUAUUGUCCACUACACACGACGAAACCUAAAACACGCUGGCGGCUUGCCUAGCAUAUUCGCAGAAGCCGUUAUUGUGAAGGUCAUCGAACCAAAAGAAAAUCAUGUCAGCCGAGUAUGAAAAUGAAGCAAAGUCUUUUCUCACUGUGGGUGGAGUUGCUGUUAGUAUGGCUUUCUUUCUCUUUGGUUCAAGUGUGUCUAUAAUAGAAGAAUACACUCCAUUAUAUCUUAAGCAAAUUGGGUACAGCCCUUCAUUCAUUGGCUUGGCACCAAUACUUGGUCUUGUAACCCAAACAGUGGGUAUGCCAUUGCUUGGAUAUCUGGCAGACAAGUUCAGAGCAAGAAAGCUUUUUCUAUUUUUCUCUGUUCUUUUAUCAAUCCCUAGUGUGUUGCUCUUUCUUGCUGCUGAUACACCCGAACCAAUUUGCAAUAGAAACACGGGAAACGUGAUGGUGGAUAAUACCACUGUAGUUAAUGUAUUCAACAGAACAUUCACCGAAUUAAAUGAUUCACAAUUGACAUCACCCUCAAAGACUCAGAAUGAGAAAGAAGAGAAUCGUCUUAGAUUUUUCCUUAUUUUUAUGGCUCUACGUGGAAUUUUCGACCUGUUGAAAAGACUUAAUUUCACACUUAUUACAGUCGCAGCCAUGACGCAUUUACAGCAAAAUAAAACAAAAUUCGGUUAUUAUGCAUCGUGGGGAGAAAUCGGCGGUGGUCUGGCGUUGUUUAUCGUUGGAAUAUAUCUGUACCACUUCCAACACAAUGUUUGUGGUGCGCUGGCUCCGGAUUAUGUUGUUAUUUUCUUUUUUGUCGUUGGUUUUCAAGUUUUGACACUCGUGACAUUGCCAUUUAUGAAAUUUGAAUACCUUGAGCAUAGAGUGAUAGAUUACGAGGAGGUUAAAAGAGUUUUGACUGAUCCCCACUAUAUUUUAAUCCUUGUGAUUUGUUGUCAUUCUGGUCUGUGCUCGGCCUUUCAAACUCGCUGGGAGUUCUGGUACAUAGAAAAGCUUGGGGGAAGCUCGAUUGUAAUGGCUGUUGCCGGCUUGCUGAGACGUCCAAUCGCAGCUGUUUGGUUUUUACUGUCUCGUGUCAUAAUUAAACGCGUGGGGGAGCUCAAAGUCAUCGGGUUUUCAUUGCUCAUCUUCGCGUUGUCUUUUCUGGCACUGGCGUUUAUCGAAAAUGCUUGGCUUGUUAUCCUGAUUGAUAAUUUUCAAGCUGCAUCAUACGUCCUAUCAUUUGCAUCGUUUGUUGUCCAUUUUUCGAACACUUCUUCGGAUGCGUCCACUGCCUUUUUCCAAGGUGCAGUGAGUUUAACAUUCCAUGGCAUUGGAAAGGAGGUUGGCACUGCAAUCACCGGCUAUCUGUUUACAAGCGUAGGAACAAAGAUAACGUUGUCUUGCUAUUCACUGCUCACUGUUGUUCUUCUGGUGUUUUUUUCAAUCUAUUCUUUUUGCACCAGAAAUCCAAAGGCAAAAGGCUAUACGCGAGUGAAGGGGGACGAGGCGAAGUAGCUAAUUGAACUAAAUCCAUAUUAAAUGAAACCAGUAUAGUUCACAUGCAUGUUAUAGGCAUGACAUUAAUCAUUGUACUUUUUUUAAACUUUAAAGCAAACGUGAAAAAAUUGAUAAGAACAUUUCACUCAAUAAAUGCCGUGAUGUUGAAUAUGUCAGUAUAGAGUGUAUAACCAUAAGCUAUAUAAAGCGAUUGCAUGGGUGUAUUAUAUA